AUGAAAGAAACGUCGAAGCUGCAGCCUGUCGCUGGACCCUCUAUCAAGGAAGCUGAGGUCGAUAUUGUUUUUGUACAUGGUCUUCAAAGCACUUUUGAUCGGACAUGGUCUGGAGUCAACUCCUCGGUCAUAUGGCCCCGUGACCUUCUUCCAAAAGACAUUCCAGGCGCUCGUAUUUUUGCGUAUGACUACAAUUUCAGGAAUGCUUCGGUCAUCAGGCCCGACGCUGCCUCGCAUGGCCUCAGGCAGUUUCUCAAGGAACUUACGGAACACAAUGCCGGACUGCCAAUUAUUUUUGUUGCCCAUAGUUUGGGGGGGCUUAUCCUCCAAAAUGCCUUGUUGAAAGAGUCAAAACUCAACAAAUCAUCUAUACUGACAUCCGCAAGCGGCAUUAUCUUCCUAGGAACACCUCGCUUUGAACAGGACGAGGAAUGGUCCAAGUUUAGAGCAUCUGUGUCGAAAAUAACCAAAGCCACCAGUUUACCUGACACUAGAGAACUUACGCGGCUUGGUCGUGAAAGCAUCGAGUUUGCUUCAUGGCUGACGACACGCUCUGCAAGUACUAUAGCCACCUGGUGCUUCUACGAAAGCUUGCCGGUAUAUCGCAUGGGCAUUCUCGUGCCAAAGGAGCGGGCAGUCAUUGUUAAUGACCAAAGCUCACCGCUUCAGUCCGACCAUUUCCGGCUCUCGAAAUGCGAUAGUGUCAGCGACACCCAGUACCAAGCCAUUCGGUACAGGCUGAAAUGCAUGUGCGACAAAAGCAAAGGUACAGAGAAUGAAGGUGAUAUAAGGCCAAAGCGCAUCGGAAGCAUAGAUAGUCGUGAAUUAAUAAUUGAUGCCGUUGGUGAGCUCGAACCUGCCAGAAGAACCAUAGAGCUUGCUCUAGCCCUUGAAGACCACGGACACCCAGGGGCUGCCGAAACUGUUUAUGACAGGGCGAUUGAGGAAUGGACCACAAACCACAGCUCUGAAAGCCCGGUUGUGUGGUUCUGCUUGUGGAAGAAGUCAACUAUAUUGCGUGAUCGCGGCAAAUUCUCAAAGGCAGAGAAUUUGUGCAAGCAGGUGCUGAAAGAAGCGGCUCCAGUGAACGAAACCGUCUAUUUGCAGAGCAUUGGCAACCUUGCCUUGAUCAUGAGAGCUCAGGGACAGUUGAAUCAAGCUUACACAACUCUUCGCGAUACCUUGGAGGGAAUUGCGGUAGAUCCGUAUCAGGAUAUCUCUCACGUGCAAGUAGUUAGUAUCCUAGGGACUGUGUUAAACGAUCUGGGUUUCCCGAAUAUUGCACUACUUCUGGCCAGGGAUGUCUUGUCGGCUUCUGGGGCUCUCCUUGGUUCAACGGAUCCAUUCACUCUAGAUCAAGCAUCGAGGUUGUCCUUAGUCCUUUCUGAUCAGGGUCAUUUUGGCUUAGCCGAAGAGAUUGAUCGACGCUCUCUGGAUGCGCUUCAAACGACCUUUGGCACUAAUCACCCUCGAUCACUACAAACCGCGACACGCCUCGCGAAUAAUUUGCGCUAUCAAGGUCACUGCGAGGAGGCUGUAAAGAUUGCUGAAAUGACACUUAAAGCGCAGGAAAUACAGCUCGGCCCUUCCCAUCGGAGCUCGAUUUUGACGAAAUAUUGUCUUGCCGCGGCUUACUUUUUGCAAGGUCGCUUGAGGGAAGCAGAAAUGCUUUUCACUGAAGUAACGAGGGGAUAUACCGAGAUGCUUGGCGAAAACCAUCCCGACACUGUAUUGACCAGACAAGCUUUAAAAUUUGUCAAAGAUGCCAUCGAAUCAACUUACCUGGAGUCAGGACUUAGCGAUAAGAUGAAUGAAUUUUUCAAGAAGCCUGCAUCGCGAAAGGAAGCUGCAUCCAUGGUUAAUAACCGUGAAAAGUUUCCGGAGCUAAACUUAGGAUCCACAGACGUAAACGAAGCCCUCCGGGUCGCUGCAAUGAAGAAUGACGAUGCAGCAUUUGAUGCAGCGCUUGAGCGGGGCGCAAAGCAAGAGUCAAUCGGCGGGCUUUGCGGGACCGCCCUUCACGCAGCUUGUUUUAGUGGGAGCGAAAGGAUGGUCAACAAACUGUUACACUCCAAGGCCAACCCUAACAUUCAGGGAGGUAUUUUUGGGACUCCGCUUCGGGCAGCGUCAUUCAGCGGACACGCGGCCAUUGUACAGACGCUCUUAAAAUCAGGGGCGGAUCCUAAUAUCAACGGAAACCAUGGCUCCGCUCUUCAAGCAGCUCUGUUCAGUAACCACGGGGAUAUAUUUCGAAUCCUUCUCAAGGCCGGAGCCGAUCCAAACAUGUCAGACAUGUGGUACGGUACAGCGCUGCAUGAAGCGUCGAUGGCUGGUCAGCAGCAGAUGGUCGACAUCCUGCUCGAGGAGAAAGCGAAGCCGAACAUACGGGGCGGGGUUUUUGGAACCGCAUUGGGCGCCUCUGCCUGGAAGGGAAGCGUGGCCAUCACUAAUUCGUUACUCGAACAUGGGGCAGAUGUGGAAGCCUUUUUCAAUGGAAGAAAUGCACUCUAUAUUGCGGCGGCGGCGGGAAACAGAGAUGUCGUGGCCGUGCUUGUGAAGAGAUCUACCGGCUUUUCCGACUCCUUGAAACAAGAGGAGCACAUCGGACCACCGAAGAUGUCUCCGAAUCAAGAUGUAUUAGGAUCCAACACUUAUAGGGCAGAUGAAGUGAAGUCCGAGAAGACUAGAAAGAAGAGACAGGGACACAGAAGCUUUAUACGUAUCAUUCGCCAAAUUAUGUGCAGGGUGUGA